UUCAUGACGUCACACUAUAUACUGUAUCCUUGAUAGGUCUGGGCCCAAAAUGUGUUCCUUCGAAUUAACUGAAAGGGGAAGGCGUAUUCUUGGAUUAGUUAUAUGUGUAAUAGACGGUUUUCUAGCUAUCUCUGGUGCUUCUGUUGCAGCAAUGGGUAUUUAUUUGAACUUGCAUUUAGAAUCAAAAAUGCAGUUUCUUCAUGGUUAUGAUACCGGAACUGUGCCAUACUUCCUGUUCAUUGUUGGAGUUACGAUGCUUCUUUCGGGGUCUCUAUUUUCGAAAGCGUCUUUCGAUUCUGCAUAUCCAGAAUCCAGAGGAAGGUUCCAAUCAUUCUUAGUAUUUUUUCUGGCUGCAAAAUUUAUUAUGAUAUGGACCGUUUUUUCAGCAUCGAUGUUGUGUUUUACUCAUCGAUCCGUGAUUGAAGAGUCGUUAAAGAAUGGACUGUUUUCCGUAAUGAAACUGUAUAAAAAAGAUAUGGAACUCAAAGUGCUUAUAGACAAAUUACAAAUCGAGUAUAGUUGUUGUGGGAGCAACAGAUUUGAAGAUUGGUUCUCAGUUAGUUGGGUUAACGAAGACUUUUUGGACGUGGAGGACAAACGCAUCAAAAGCAAAAUGACUGCUGGGUUGUAUAUGGGUGAUGAUGUCCCCUUUAGUUGUUGCCAUGUUUACUCAUAUAGACCAUGUAUUCACCACAAUGUUACCAAGGGAACUCGCAGUAAAUACAAACCGACUUUAAAUAAUCGAGGAUGUGCUGGAACACUGAUGAACUUCUUUGAAUCCUCCAUUUUGGAACCUUCAGGAUACUUCAUAUUGAUGGCAUUUUUUGUUCAAAUGCUGUCCACACUCCUUUUGCGAUAUUUGCAUACCUCUAUCGAUGAUGCUGCCUUAAUGGAGCCUUUAGGACCUGGAACUGCCAGUCUAUGCCCAAACAUUGGAGCUGGUGAUUCCAUGAAAUAUGUCAAGAGCGAUGAAGAGAGUCUAUUCUUUGAAGAAACUGAAAAUCAUCAGAAUGGUGGACAACAAGAAUUGCAAAACUUCUUAGAGUUUGGAGACACUGAUUAUGAAUCUGGUUUAGAAAUGAUGGGUGAUUUUCAGUUUGGAAAGAGUGAGAUCAAUGAGUCUAGUGGCAAGGAAGAGAAUAAAGGUGAAAAUGCAACACCAGGUGACUCUUCAGAGAAUAAAAACAAAUCUAAAAAGGAUGGAAAGGAAGCAGAGAAAAAGGAAAAUGCAGCUGAUAAAGAAUCUGGAAAAGGCAAUGCAGAAAGUAAAAAGGGUGCCAAAGAUGACAAAAUUGAUAAAGGAAAGGAUACAGAGAAAAAGGGAAAUGCUGUAGAAAAAAAAUCUGGAGAAAAUGCUACUGGUAAUGAAAAGAAUGCCAAAGACAAAAUCAGUUCUGGAAAGGACACAGAGAAAAAGGGAAACACAGUUGAUAAAGAAUCUGGAAAAGGUAAUGCAGAAAGUAAAAAGGGUGCCAAAGAUGACAAAAUUGAUAAAGGAAAGGAUACAGAAAAAAAGGGAAAUGCUGUAGAAAAAAAAUCUGGGGGAAAUGCUACUGGAAAUGAAAAGAAUGCCAAGGACAACAAAAUCAGUUCUGGAAAGGACACAGAGAAAAAGGGAAACACAGUUGAUAAAGAUUCUGGAAAAGUUGCUACUAAAAGUGAAAAGGAUGCUAAAUGUGAAAACAAAAAUGAAGCACAAAACAAAAAAGGCAAAUCUGGAGAAAAAACUAAGGCAGAGGACAAAUCAUCUAAAAAAUCUAACAAGGAGAGAGAAAAGUCUCAUGAGAGAUCUCGUAAAGAUAAAUUUGAUAAAGAAUCAAAAAAGUCCAAAGGUGAAGAUCCGAAGUCUAAGUCCAGUAAUAACAAAGACAAAUCACCAGGGUCUAAAGCAAAGAAGAACAAGUCCAAGUCGCCAGCAUCUAAACCUGGAAAAAAUAAUUCAAAAUCACCAGGUUCCAAAUCUGGAAAAUCCAAAUCCAAAUCACCUGUGGCGAAAUCUGGUGGGAAAAAGUCCAAAUCACCAAAAUCAAAAAAUAAGAAAUGAGACAAAAAGAUGAAGGAGGAAGUGGAGGAUAGUGAGAUUAGUCGGGAAUAAACACAUAGAGGCAGGAGUAGGAGGACUACCAGUGUCAUUACUGUAUCA